AUGGCCAUCAAAAAGGUCGCCCUCCUUGGGGCAGACGGCAAUCUAGGCCCAGCAGUCCUCACAGCCCUCCUCGCACACAGUUUCCAAGCCACAGUCCUGAAACGCCAGUCCUCAAAAUCCAGCGAUGAAUACCCGGAAGGUGUUUCCGUUGCCAAAGUUCAAGACGACUUCGCGGUAGACGCGAUCACUCCCCACCUUCAUGGCCACGACGCAGUAAUUGCCACAAUCAAGGGCAGCCAGACCGAUAUCCAGGACCGCCUCGCGCAGGCAUGCGUCAAAGCAGGUGUUCAGCGCUUUAUCCCCGCUGACUUUGGCUCAGUUGACUCUUCAAGCGAACGCACGCAGGAUCUGGUGCCCCUGUACAAGCGGAAAACUGAGCUGCGGGAGCGGCUAAUGAAGUUGGCUGAAGAGAACAGCAGCUUCGAAUGGACGAGUCUGGUGUGUGGCCAUUUCUUUGACUGGAGUCUCGACUUCCUGCACGUCUGGCUCAAGGAGCGGAAGAUGGACUUCUUGGACGAUGGGGAGACGAAGUGGUCUGCAAGUACGCUUGAGCGGAUCGGAGAGGCCACUGCUAGGAUCUUGCUGCAUCCUGAUGAGACGAGAAACAAAAUCGUCUACGUGCAGAGCUUUUGCGUCACGCAGGAUGAAGUCUUUGCAGCGUUCGAGCGAGCUACUGGGGAGAAGUGGGAGAAAAUCUCCUACGAUGCGAAGAAGUACGAGGCAGAGGAGAAGCGGAAAGCUGAUGCUGGUGAUCUUGACGCUGUCGAGAAUCUGGUGUGGCUUCUGGGCGCGCUGGAUGCUAACUGGGAGGCGAAGCAGAACUUUGCUAUGAAAACACUGGGCCUGGAAAACGAGAACUUAGACGCUGCCGUGCAGCGCAUCGUGAAGGAGAAGCAAUGA